CCAGGAGUCAUUGCGGCUCGAUAAACAAAGAUGGCGGCUACGCUCUGAGUUCAGGACGUGAUGUGAAUCGUGAAACGAACCGAAGAUCUGAAGGAGCAGCAGCCGCACAGCACUGCAGAGGACUCAGCCCGCGGUGCGGAUACAUCACACCCACCCUCUGACACCCACCUACACCCGGACCACCUACACCUGGACCACCUACACCCAACUACACCCGGACCACCUACACCUGGACCACCUACACCCAACUACACCUGGACCACCUACGCCCGGACUUUCACCUCCUGCCCCCCCGGACUACACCUCCUGCCCCCCGGACUACACUUCCUCCCCCCCGGACUCCAUGCCGUCCCCCAAAGCGAAGAACCCGGGCCGGCCUGGAGGCAGCCCGGUGCUCGGAGGCUCGAACGGCCGCUACGACUUCAUGUCUCUGACCAAGCCGCUGAGCCGCUCCUCUCCCCAGCCGCUCCUCCUCCAACGGCAGGGCUCCGACCCGACCACAGCUCGCCUCCGGGCCUCAGAGAGCCCCACUCGGCGCCGGGGCUCCAGCUCCUCCACGGGCUCCGGACAGGGUCUCCCUGAGGAGGACGGGAUCCGGCUCAACCCCUCCUUCCUGCGGGUGGCGCUCAGCUCGCUGCUCGCCAUCGACCUGUGGAUGUCCAAGCGGCUGGGGGUCUGCGCCAACGAGGACUCGUCGUGGGGGAGCGUGCGGCCCCUCAUGAAGCUGAUCGAGAUCUCCGGGCACGGGAUCCCCUGGCUCGCAGGGACCGGAUACUGUCUCUACAAGAGCGACAGCGCCGCGGGACAGGAGGUCAUGCUGAACCUGCUCAUGGGUCUGAUCCUGGACCUGGUUCUGGUGAGCGUGGUCAAAGCUGUGGUGCGUCGCCGCCGCCCGUCUCACAACCGCAUGGACAUGUUCGCUACCUUCUCCGUGGACCGAUACUCCUUCCCGUCAGGCCACGCCACGCGCGCCGCCAUGUGUGGGCGCUUCCUGCUGGCUCACCUGGUGCUGGCCGCCCCCCUCAGGGUCCUGGUCCUGCUGUGGGCCGGCCUGGUGGGUCUGAGCCGGGUGCUGCUGGGCCGGCACAACGUGACAGAUGUGAUGUUCGGCUUCUGGAUGGGAUACUGUCAGUACAACCUGGUGGAGAUGAUGUGGCUGUCUCCGCAGACGCUGCAAAGCAUGCUGGGACUUGAGGUCUGAGGUCAGCGGGACUGAAGGAGACGUGAGGCCGACACACGUCUGUCUUUAGACCUACACAGAGGACAUAGAUACGGUACAUGUUUAAUAUAUAAGGAGAGACUUUAGGAGGAGCGCCUCCGUCACUCUUCAGUUCGACUCUUUUCUCACUUUUUAUCUUCAGGAUUUUAAUCAGGAUUUUAAAAACCAAACCGGUCAGUGAGACACGUUUUAGAACAAACUCACUCCCUCCACGAGUUUUCUUUGAGUCCACGUGAAGUCUGAGGGUCGGUCUGGACAGAAGUAAACCCGGUCUGCUGCAGGAUCCAAUAUAGUUCCCUCAUAGAGGAGAGACAAACAUGAAGUGAGCUUUAAAUGAGUCUUCUGAAUGGACCACAUGUGUUUACACCAAACUAAUAAUUUAAGUUUGUUUUUAGAUGUUUAUUAUUUAUGAUGCACACAAAGAAAGACGUGGAAUACGGAUAAAGAAAAGAGAGGCGGAGAAACGCUGCAGGAGAAAGAUGAUGAGGGGUGCAAACUGCUGAAUUAAUGAAGGUGUAUUAUGGGUUAUUUAAAGAGGUAAAUCAGGUGUAUCUACAUGAUGAUAAUAUGAUGAGCGUUAGAGGAUUCAUGAGGUGAUGACAGGAAGCAGUGAGUGAAUGCAGGUCAGCGGCUCGUCUCAGUUUUGGUGCCAGCCGGUCUGAAUUUAGCUCGUACCCAGUUUUUAAUCAGACCACGACACUCCGCUCUCCCUCGGGGGCCUGCUGCAGCCCGGCUCUCACACACUCUCCUGUUUAAUCAUUACAGACCAUUUCAAACAUUGAUCCUGAAGGUGAACCUGCUCACGUCAUCUGAAGCACGUCUAUAUACCUGAUUCAUUCGAGUGUGAGCGAGGCUGCGGCUGUGUUCGCUAUGUAACGUCAGAGAUCAGUGAGUGAAGUUCAAACCAACUACAGAAAACAUCAAAUACACCUCACAUGACUAGAGCAGGAUUACAGCCUGUUGAUUUAAUCAGAUUAAGAUGAUAAGGUGUCACAGGGUGCCCUCACACACUCCAGAAAGAUCCAACAUGAGAGCGCAGCAACAACAGCUCACUUUAAUUCUCAGCUUGGAUCCUCUCUGGAGUUAAUCUGUGAAGACUGGAGAGCCGUGUGUGCGUGCAGAGUUCACACACUGAAGGAUCCUCACGCUCUCUUACAUUAAUAUUAAACUCUGGAUGACGUCAGCAGACAGGGUGAUGAUGGUUUUCUCCCAGAGCGCCGGCCUGAGGGACACGACACCUGUUUACAUGUUUGAACCCGUAAAAGAAGAGCGGCCAGAACCAACAGAUCAGACAUCAAGAGGUUUUAAUAUCAGUCACCUGUUUGACUUGAUUUAAAGCAACAAAGAGUCAAAACUCUUCACUCCAAGCUUCUCAAACAGGAUUAUUUUAUGACUUCUUCUUUCUGUAACGACAAGGAAUGAAGUAUGUUUUAGAAAAGUGAAUUCAGAGCAUCCCCUGAAAUAUUCUGGAAACUCUAAUCCACAGUUUCCUCCACUUCUUGGAUGUUUGACCGACCAACUAACAACAGAGGAGAUAUCUGUCAGACUAACAAACAAUAAAAAUGUAACUGCAUGCUGCACAGCUCUCACUCGUCUGCAAACCUACAGAAAUAAGAGUCUUAAAGAGAGAGAGAGAGAGAGCGCAUCAUCAGCUGAGCAUGUUUAAAGAUUACAAACACGUUCAUUAGCAGGUAAACUCAGCAGACUCUUCUCGUCUUUAGAGGAGAAUCACAAACACUCGUAUGUUUCCAUAAAGUGAGAACAGAGGCUGAAGUGAAGAGCCGUGCUGGUGCUCCUGAUCCUGCUCGCAGGACGUAAAUCAUUCAGUCAGUUUUAUAACAGCUGGACCACGCUGCACUUUUACCCACACGCUGUCCGUUUGCACCGCCGCAGACCUGCUCACCUGUUUGUGCUCUGUUUGAUUAUAAAUAUAAGCUGUUAAAAAAUGAUUCCAGUGUCAAAGUGUGAGCGACUGCUGCUACAGAGAGAAUGUUCUGUUUUUGCAUCUUUAGUUUGAAUAUAUUUUAAACAGUUUGACGUUGAAUCACUGAAUGUGGCUGUUAGCAGACUGUUCGACCAGCAACAUCCCUCAGCAAUAAUCGAUCAUGUGUUUAAAAUCUGAACGUGCUGGACGGUGAACUUUGUGACCAAAUGAUUUUUAUGAUCGAUCUUCGUGUUUAAAUGUUUUGACGAGAGAAAAAUGUAUAGAUCAGAUUUUGCACAUUCCAAAUGACAAAGAUGCUUCUCUGGUUUCUGUCGUCUCAUCGUCAUUCAUGAAGCUGGACUCUGUCUCUGCUCUCAGCUCUGCCUGCUUAAUACUCUAAAUAAUACUGUGUGUUCUUCUUCAUGUGUAUCUGCCUGCCUGUCUCGUGAAUACGCUGUGUUUAUGCUGAAUGUGCUGAUCAGUGAUUCUCAAUGAUUCCACUGUGGAGGUUUUUAAAUAAACAGGGAACAAAUGUGAA